AUGGCAGAGAAGAAGCUCCAAAGAAGGUCAAAAUCGUUUUCGGGAUGUUACACUUGUAGGCGGCGUAAGAUAGCCUGUGAUUUGGGGAAACCUUCCUGUUUGAAGUGUAAGAAGUCCGGAUUUGUUUGUGAAGGGUAUGACGUGAAGCUCCGUUGGAUACAGUCAAUUCAAUUUGAUAAAUAUGGUUAUCAACUACCUUCCAAGCCGAAUCAAGAAACCGAAUACUGCCAACGAAGAUCAAUUGAAUAUGUAAAGUAUCCCGAGCAUCAAACCUACCGAUUAUACGAUGAGAUGGAUGCAGAUUUGGGGUAUUUGCAUAACAUGCCCAUCCAAUCGAAAUCGGAUCCUACAAUUAUUAAGGGACAUUUUGGUGUCUUUAGAGGAACAAAACUUAUACCCAAGAAGAGGAAACGCAAAGCAAAUGCCUCUGGGUUGACGAAUAACCAUAACACCAGCAUCAGUACCAGCACCAGUACCAACAACACAUACAACAAGUCACAGUCUAAUUCUAUCAAGAGAAGAAAGAUUGAUUCUCGCAAUACAUCCUCAGCAAACACCCCGACAGCAAAUACUCCUUUAACUCCAUCAUCUUAUUAUCAUUCUUGCAAUCACAAUGGUGAGCAUCAUGAGAAUGGUUUUAAUAAUAAUAACAACAACAAUAACAAGAUAAACUUUAGGACUUUGAAAGACCAGAGCUUUAUGUAUCCUCAAAAUGUCUCAAACUCAAUUGUUCAGAUUCCUAAUUAUUUGGAUUCGAGUAAUAAACAAGCUCCAAUUGGCAAUGAAUGGUUAAGUACAGAAUUGUUAGAUGCUGCAUUGUUGACUGCAUCUGCACUAAAUGGUGAUACCCAUUUUCUUGAUAUGUUUGAUUUAGAAAACCAAAAUUUAGUCAACACAGGUGGAGGCACCAUUGGUAAUAACAACCACAACCACAACAACGAUAGUAAUAGCAAUAGUCAGAGUUUCAAUACAAAUAAUGGCACGGCCAAUAUGGAGAAUGACAAUAACACCAAUUCUACUCCCGAUAAUUUAAGAACAACCAAUUCAAACCAUAUGCUUAAUAAAAAUAUGGGUUCCAUUUUCAAUAUAAAAGCAUCCUCAAUUGAGCACACCAAUUCUACUAAGAUGGGAUCUCCAAUGAAGAAUUCCAAGUUAGAAUCAAAUGCAAAUACUUUUAGUAAUAAUUUGGGAACUCAGAAAUCCCAGAAUAGGCAAUCUAAUGAUAUAACUCAAGAUCAUGUACCAAAUGAAAUGUUACACAUGUUAUUUCAAGGUAGAAACAGUGUCGAUGAACUAGGCACCUAUAAAGUUCACAAAGUUAAUGAUUGUGGUCAUGCUACUUUCCAGCCUUCAUCUUCUGUGGAGCCCCAAAAUCAUCAAGAGAAACGCACAGCACAUUCAGAAGAUAUUUAUUCUGUUUUAUCAAUGGAUAAGGAUCAGGCACAGGGCAUCACCCCUUCAAGUAUAGAGCAUUCUGCCUCUUCUUCAUCUCCCAAUAUAGAAAACCACAAUCCCGGCAUUGUACCUACGACAAAUCUGAACAACAAAUUUAAACAAGUUAAUCAACCAAUCGUUGAUAACAAAAUCAAAAUUCAUGCUUCAAAUGGUGUCAAGAUGCCUAAAAAUAUUAUGGAAAUUUUAGAGAACACCCCGUUACCUAAAUCUCUUGCAAUUGACAAAUUUGGUAUUCCGACAACAUCGCUUAAUGUGCAUCCAAUGGCUCGAUAUUUGCUUAACUACUAUAUUGAAGAUGUUGCUGACAUGAUGACAGUUAUACCACUAGCUAAGAACCCUUGGAAAUUCAUCUAUUUUCCUCGUGCUAUAAUGGCUAUCGGUGAGUUGGCGUCCUUGGGUAGAACAUCGAAUGCUAGAAAUGGAUUGUUAAAUGCCUUGUUAGCUGUUAGUGCAUUCAAUUUACAAAGCAAGUUUGUUAGAGGCUCAGAUGAGAUGAAAUAUUAUGUUGACCUGGGUAUCCAAUUAAGAAGACAGGCCAAUGAAUUUGUUGGAAAAUGCAUGCAAGAAGAUAUAUUGAACCAAAAAUAUAAGGAUGUACUAGUCGCUGUCUUGUCAAUGGUGACCAUUGAUGUCGUUUGGGGGACCAUGAGUUCUUGUAAAAUUCAUUUGGAUCAUUGUGAGAAAAUCAUUGAGAAGAAGAUGCAACACAAGAAGAAAUUAUCUUCAAAGGCAAUUAUACUACACAGAAUUUUCAGUUCUUUAAAGUUGAUUCAAGAUUCAACGAGUUUGGAAAAUAUCCAAAAAAAUGAAAUUUUUUUAAAUGAAAACAACUACAUGAAUUUUUUAACUGGUUCCAAACCAACAAUCGAACAAUUGGACGAAUUAAAUAGUGGUCAGUUUAGAGGUAUAUUUAGGAGUUUUAAAACAAAUAAAUUAGGUAAAACCGGCUCCCACUAUAGAGAGCAAUACAUUGAUAAAGCAAAUUCGGUUUCAAACUUGAAUAAGUUUGAAUACUCGAAAUAUGACUCACAAUUAUCAUCUAAACAAAAUACAACUUCUUUAACUACACCGGGUAGUGGAAUUGGUUCCACUGCUUCGAACAAUAAAAGGGGUAAAUAUAAUGAAAAAAUCACGGAUAAUGGUAAGGUUCGGAUUGAAUUUAUUGUGAACAAUGAUGAUGAUAAUGUUGUUGGUGGUGGUGUAGAUGGUGUAGAUGGUGAUGUCGAGGAAGAUCAUGGUAGUAGUAACGGCAAAGUGAAUGCCGCUAAGAAAUUUGAUAACGACGAAAAAUUCCAUGAAAGUGCUAAAAGUUCCAAUGUUGGGAAUGAGAGUUCCAACAUUCCUGCGUUUGUUGAUAUUACUAGGAAUAGUUUUCAACCUUCUAAGAACAAACUUGAUGAUAAAGUCGUGUCAUCGGAUGCUAUUUAUGGCUUACCAAAUUCCCUCAUUCUAAUGUUUAGUGAAAUUGUUCCAUUAACAAGAUUCAAGAAAUAUCACGAUGAUCAUAAUCUACCUAUACCUGAUUUUUUUGAAGAGUUAUCUCAACAAUUAGAAUUUAAACUGUUAACUUGGAAAUUAGAGUGGACACUGGUUGUUGAAGAUGAUGAAAAUACUUCAGUAACCGAGAAUGCCGAUGAAGAACAAAUGAGGUUCAUUUCACCCAGACACGAGGGUAUUUAUCAUCAUGUGAUGUCAUUCUAUCACGCUCUUGUCAUUUAUUUUUACAGGUUUAUUGAAGAUAUCAAUCCAAUGUAUUUACUAGAAAGGAUUGAGAAAGUUCUACACCAUUUAAACAAAAUUCAAGAAAUUCUAGAGAAUAAUAAAGAAACUUCGUAUAUUAUACCCUUAUUUUGGCAAGGCUUCAUUGCCGGUAGUGAAGCAAUGACAUUAUAUUUACAAAACGGAUUCAAUAAAUGGGGGCAAGAUAUUGCUCAGACAGGUAUUGGUACCUAUUGGAAUGCCAGGCAAAUUAUGCUAGAAAUUUGGAGGCGCAAGAAUCACAAUGUUAAAAGUAAUAGUUGGGUUGAUGUGUUGAGGGAUUGGAAGACCAACGUUAUGUUAACCUAA